AUGGGUAGACUUAUUGGGUUAGAACUGCAUAACUUCAAAUCCUACAAGGACACGGUCAAAGUUGGAUUUGGCAACUCAUAUUUCACAAGUAUUAUUGGACCAAAUGGUUCUGGUAAGUCGAAUCUUAUGGAUGCGAUUUCGUUCGUGUUGGGGGUACGGAGCAGCCACUUGAGAUCAUCGGCGCUUGUAGAUUUGAUUUACAGAGGUAGAAAAGAACAUGAUGAUGAUGAUAGUGACCGAUCCAAGAGAGCACGUUCUUCUGAGCUUUCUGGUUCGUCACAAGUAUCAGAUUCCGAAAAUGAUGAGGAACCUAGAAGCGCCUAUGUUACGUGUGUGUAUCAGAAGAAUGACUCGGAUGAACCAACUAGAUUUACGAGGAUUAUUCAUUCCUCUGGCGAAAGUGUUUACAAAAUCGAUGGCAAAACUGUUAGUUACAAGAGAUAUAACGAGGAAUUAGAAGCGGAGAAUAUCUUAGUCAAGGCAAGAAACUUUUUGGUGUUCCAAGGUGAUGUUGAAAGGAUUGCCUCUCAGGGACCCGAAUCUCUAACCCUUUUACUUGAACAAGUUUCCGGGUCCAUUAACUACAAGAAUGAUUACGAAAGACUAAAGGAGGAACAUAGGCUAGCAUUGGCUGAGUUUACGGAUGCUCAUAAUGCUAGGAAAAAAGUGCAAAACGAUUUGAAGAGUUUCAAAGAAGGUGUGCAGAGGGAUGAGCAGUACAGAUCAAGCUUUGAAAUAAGAGACAAGUUGAAACAUAAUUACGUCUUGUGGGAACUGUUCCACAUUUUGGAGAAGAGAAAAGAUCUGGUGAAAGACUUGACAGUUUCAAAAACAGAAAUGAUAGCUCUCAAGAAUAAGCUCAACGAUGAGGAGAGGGUAUUGACCAAGAUCAAGUCAACAGCUGCAAAACAUGAGUUACAACUAAGUAAAUUGAAAGAUACUGUUGCACAAUUGGAAAAUGAAAAGACUUCAUUACAAUCGUCUCUUUUACCAGUAGGAAGUGAACGUUUAGCUACCAUUAAGAGAAUAAAUAACUUGGAAAAGAGGAUAACCUCUUUCAACAAGGAUAUGGAAAGACAAAAGGCUUACGUAAAGCAAUUCGAAAACCAAUUGAAAGUUGUCACUAAAACAAAGCAAACCUUUGAAAAGGAAUUAGAGAGUAUUCAUGCCAACCUCAGCAAAUUCAAACUAUCUGAAGAGGACCUAAAGCAAUAUGAGUUAUUGAAGAGCAAGUAUUUAACUUCGGGUGGGUCUCAAAUUGAGGAGAAAUUGGCCAUUUUAAGAAACGAUCAUCUCGAAAUAACUGAGGAGUGUGAAAUGGUUAACAAGAGACUUAAACUUACGAGAAGCAGAAUCACUGAUGAAUUACAGGUUGAUGCUGAAGCUUUGGAGACUGACUUAAAUGAAAUAACUCAAAAGCUAAAUGACAAAAACGCACUAGCUGCUACGAAAUCCAAAGAAUGGAAAACUACUCAAACGAGCUUAGAGUCUCUAAAGAACAAAGAAUAUGAAUUGAACUUUAAUUUGAGAGAUGUCCUCUUGAAAAUUGACGACUUGAACGCAGACCAAAGGGAAACAAAAAAAGAACGGAAACUAAGAGAAAAUGUAGCUAUGCUCAAGAGACUAUUUCCAGGAGUGAAAGGUUUGGUGCAUGAUUUAUGCCACCCAAAAAAGGAAAAAUAUGCUGUUGCGGUAUCAACUAUUCUCGGCAAAAACUUUGAUUCUGUUAUUGUUGAUAGCAUUGCUACAGCACACGAGUGUAUCCAAUACCUUAAGAAACAAAGAGCUGGUUCUGCGUCCUUCAUACCUUUGGAUACCAUUGACGUAAAUUCUCCUUCCUUGCCCGUUUCGGAUGUUCAAGGUUGUCUUUUAGCCAUAAAUGCAAUUGAAUACGAGUCGUAUCUUGAAAAGGCGAUGCAAUAUGUAUGUGCAGAUGCUAUAAUCUGUGACAAUCUUGAUCUUGCUAAAGAAUUAAAAUGGUCCAAGAGAGUAAAAGCGAAAUUAGUGACUUUGGAAGGCGCUAUCAUACAUAAGGCAGGUCAAAUGACAGGUGGUACAUCACAGAAAAACCAAAACAGAUGGAAUAAAGAUGAGUACCAAGGUUUAAUGGUACUAAAGGAUCAAGUAACAGAAGACUUGGCUAAAAUAUCAGGUGAAAUAAGACAAAACAACAUAAAAUCAAGAGAAUUAGAAAAUGACAUAUCUUUACUCAAUAAUGAAAUUUCUGGUCUAAGAACGCAAGUAUCCUCACUUCAGAGAACUUUGGAAGGGAAAUCAGUAGAAAUAAAACAUAAUGAAAAACUAAUAACGGAUGAAUUAGAACCUCAGAUCAAAACCUUUGAAAGUCGUAUUGAAGAGCUCAAUGCUAAAAUCAAAAAGCUCGAAGACCAAAAGGAUCUUCUUCAAGAGGAGAUUUUCAAACCGUUCACUGAAAAAUACGGAUUUUCCAUUAAGGACUACGAAAAGGGUACCGGUGAAGUGAUGAGAAAGCAUUCAAAGGAGCUUCAACAAUUCCAAAAGGAAAUCCUCAACAUAGAAAAUAAACUUGAAUUUGAAAAUGAUCGUUUACAGGUUACAACUGCCCGCCACGCCAAGGCAUUGAACGAUUUGCAAGACUUAAGAGACUCCCUUGGUGCACUUGAAAAGCAAGAAGAUGUCAUCACUAAUAAGUUAAACUCUGUUAAAGCAAAAAUUUUCCAAGAACAACAGGCUGUAGACAAACAACAAAAAGAUCUUGACGAGAAGGUUCAUAAUCUAUUGUCUUUUGAUAACAAUAUAUCCGAAAUACAAACCAACAUGCAAGCUGCAAAGAGAAAAGCGGAACAAUUGAAAGAAGAUAUUGAAUCUCUCGAUCUGGAACAGUUAAGUAUAUUGAAAAAUUGUAAAGUUUCAAACAUUGACUUGCCAAUGUUAAAUACAUCGCUUUCAGACGUUUCCAUUGAGGUGCUAGAUUCUAAUAAUACAAAUGUAGUGUCAGAAUUUGAUUACGAUUUUAGCGGUUUACCAGAAAAAUACAAGCAAAAUAAUGGUGAUAAUAUGAAGGAAGAAUUUGAAACAGAGAUCAAAAACAUUGAGGAUAAGCUGGAAAUGUUACAGCCUAAUUCAAAAGCUGUCGAAAGAUAUCACGAAACGAGGAAUAAGUUAGACGAGGCCUCUGCUGAAAACGAACAUCUAAGAGUAAAGGAGAAAAAAGCCAAGCAAAAGUUUCUUGAAGUUAAAGCCAAACGUAAAGAACUAUUUGAAAAAUGCUUUCAACAUGUUGAUAAACACAUCGAUCAAAUAUAUAGGGCUUUGACGAAAGAUCCUCAUGAUAAAUCUGAAUUGGCGGGUGGUAAUGCAUCAUUAACAGUGGAAAAUGAAGACGAGCCUUAUCUUGGUGGGAUUAGGUAUUUUGCUACGCCACCACUAAAAAGGUUCAAAGAUAUGGAAUAUUUGUCUGGUGGUGAGAAAACUAUGGCAGCUUUAGCUUUACUGUUUACUAUUAAUUCCUACCAACCAAGUCCAUUUUUCGUUUUGGAUGAAGUUGAUGCAGCUUUAGAUAUUACAAAUGUUGAAAGAAUAGCGCACUACAUCAAAAGGAAUGCGAACCCUAAUGCACAAUUCAUUGUCAUUUCGCUAAAGAAUGCGAUGUUUGAAAAGUCACAGUCUUUAGUUGGGGUUUUCAGAGAGCAGCAAGAGAAUUCUUCCAGGAUGGUAAGUUUAAAUCUUGAAAACUACGAGGAUGAUUGA